AUGCUUAAAUCACUGUAUCGUCCUUCUAUAAUAGGGGUUUCUGCUAUUCUUACUCAGCGGCGUUUCAAGAUGACCGGGUUUAACAUUUUCGUGCGGGAAACGCAACAAAAAUAUCAUCUACUAAAGGCUAAAACUCUUUCUGAGGGGUCCAAGAAUAAUAUGAAGAUUAUGUCAUCGCUAUGGCGUAAUAUUUCUAAGAGUGAGCAAAUGAAGUACAACCAUCGAGCGUUGGUUGAACACAUCAUAACCCCUAGGGAUUUAUCCAAAAAAAAUAGUAGCUUCAAUAUGGUCAUGCAAAUGCUUGCAAAGGAUAAAGUGCUUAUGAAUACAGGUGAUGAACGUUUCGUAGCGAUGCUUGCAUUGCGAACCGCGCGCGCACUUUCAACAACUGACCUCCAAAAGCUAAUGAGGAAACUGAAUGUCGAAAUGACAAAACCAAUAUCCCCAAUGACCUCAAACAGGGGUGUUUCCUAUUUUAAAAGAAUGAUGUUGCCCAAUAUGCGGUACUUUUCGUCGUUUACAGAAAUGCAACACGCGGUGGCGCCAACUCGUCAAAUAUUAUUCGUCUCUGUUUGUAGCAUUCUUUCAGGCUAUGGCGUUUCUUGGUGUGGAGACUCGGAUUUGAAAGCGAAGUUCGAUUCCCUUGAUAGUGAAGUAAAAGCGUUUUUCAACCCUAUCUCGGAGGAAGAAUCAUUUUCAUUUGAGACUUUUUGUGCGAAAAACUGUGCAGGUUAUAAUCAGGAGAGCUUCAACAUUAUUCUUCUCUUUUCACAAUUUCGACAAAUUGUUAAUAAACCGGUAAUUGCGUCGAAUAUUGAUAUUGCUAUUUAUCGCAGCAUGUUGGCCGAAGAACGGUGUCACGAACCAGUUUACUUUAAAGUUAAACGUGCUCUUGCUUAUGCAAAGGAAUGUCGGAGUUCUGACUGCGGCACUUUUAUUUACAACAAAACACCAGAAAACAUGAUUGUUGCUCCUGAAUCCUAUAAUAUACAUAAAGCUUUUGACAAAGUGGAUGUGGCCACACGACUUGCGGAGACUCGCCGAUGCCAAUCUGUUUAUGAUGAUAUUUUAGAUAGGGCGGCAGUGCUGCGACCCAAGGAGAAUCAAAAGAAAUUAGAGAUGUAUAUCGUGAAAGAUAUGCAUAGUGAAUCAGCGGCUAACCAAACCUCGGCUGUGAAUAAGCCUACCACGCAAAGUAGUUUGACUUUUACAGUGCGUUUUAAGCCAGGUACAAAACUAUCAAAUAUACACCAAGUGAUAAGGAGCGCCUCUAAAGACUCAAAAUUGCCUGUUAUGAUCGAUAAUCAUCAGUUGACACGCAAGUCAAAUCCAUGCAAACUUGCUGUCGAUUCAACUUCAUUGACCAGCGGUGAACAUUGUAUAACUAAAUCUACUGAUGUGACGCAGCCUAAGAUAAAGAGACUCCUGAUGAAAUAUUCCGAAGUACUUGAUAAAGAACGUCAUGAAGAAAUAAAGAGUUCAGGUUCCAAUAACCAAAAAUCAAAUCUGAAAAAGAGGCAGAAUGCAGAAUACGAAGAGCAUAGAUAUAAUUUUCCUACUGAUGAUUCUAUGCAUAUGCUGGAUGAUGAAGUCAAAACCUGGGAUAGUCUUGAUUUACUUCCCGAAAGUAUAGAACACAAGACUACUGGAUCUUCUGAAGAGCCCUCUUCCAGCAUAACCAGUGGGGAGAAUAUGGACACAAGCCUCUCUGAAAGCUUGGGAACACGCAGAAUUUUGAGGAAUGUUAAGGUUCAGGACGACGUUAUGCUGAAUCUAAAUCAUUCCAUUAUUUUUAAGCAUAAACACAAACCAAGCGAACUAGAAAUUGCGAGUGCACGUUCUCAACCUAUCCCUGGUAUUGGGAAGGGAUCAGAUCUGAAGCUACUUAAAAAGCAGCUUACUAACCUUUAA